AUGAUACUGUGGCCCUAUAGGCUGUUCAUAACAAUCGGGAUAUUGGGUGUUCUAUUGGCAUGGCUCGUAGUUCCCUUAUUUAGGGAACAACAAGGCGAUGGUUCUACUCCUACUAGCGGGACUAUUAGCAGACUAGGCUUAAUGGAAAACCCUCAACGCCUUCUCGAUAUUGACGACGCCUUGGUCUCAGACUCGAAUCCAGCACGCAACGAUGGAAGCCUUGACUACGAGCGCUGCGCAAGAUUGCAUAAUUAUUUAGUGGCCUAUAGCUGGAUGGCGUAUCACCAACGAGAUGCACAGGACUUGGUCGAGUUAUUAAUUCGUCCUUCUUUUUUUGAGCGUCCGCGUGAUGACUCAGAGUUUCUCCGUGGCCGUCUGGACCCAGGACUAAUUUCUUACCUGGAGUCAAUCAUCAUGCCAAAGAAAGGACUCUCCUACUGGGUCGAGAAUGUACAAGUCACGCCCUCAGAUAAAUAUUUCUUCAGUGAGGAUAAUGACUUGGAUGGCAAGGAGCGAUUUGUUGUCCUGUACGGAAGCUGGCUUGAGCAUGGUGGGCACAACGUAGGUCUAGUCUAUGACCAACAGCGUCAUCAGGUGGCUAUGACGCUUGUCCAAGAGAAUAUCGAGAGUGUUGAACCUAUUGAUAAGCAUCUGGAUAUGUGGGUUCCACUGGAGACUAUGCUUACAAAUUGGAUUUAUAUGAUUCGAAUUGGGAAAGUCACUUCUGGUCCGGAGAGGGCGUGGGGCGAUGGAGAGGGAUCGCAACUUGGGGCGUGGAUAUGGCAGCCAUAUAGUCCCGCGCAAGUCGAUAGUGCCGUUGCGGCGAUCGAGAGGCUUUAUGAAGCGAUUGAAGCAAGAAUGCCCUCUGGCUCAUUAUUACCUGUUAUAUCCGAGGCCGCGCCACUGCUGACUGAUGAAGACCUCGAUGCAGCAUCUGUGCCGCAAAAUUGCUUCAUCCGCUCUGUCUUGACUAGAGUCAAAACUCCACGCUUCAAACAUAUCGCCCCGGGUCUUGAAAUACCGCAUGACGCUGCCAGAUUUGUAUCUCAGCAACAGUUUACAGGUCUGGAACCAUCUCAUGAUGACGAAGGCAACAAGAUCAUUCCAUCUGUCCUCAUAUUUGCGGCUGCAGAUAAGCGGCGAACAGUCGGAUUCAAUAAAGAGAUACGACGAACAUUCGUCACCCCGAACGAUCUCGAGCCCAACAUCCUAUACAAGGAUGGUCAUCCCAUCCUAACAGGAUUGUACAGUGAAUAUAUCCGCCGAGGCGACUGCGAUAUUGCUGAAGAAGGCUUCCGUCUCUUACUGCCCUUCGGACUGAGAUCUGAUUACAGCGAGAGCGAGUAUGCACCGAGGCGGAGUGAUGGGAGCUUUGUGGAUGCAGGAUCCUACACGCAGCUUUUUCAGUUUGGAGGUUUCCAUCCGUUUGGAAGGGAGUGGCGCGCCCAGAGAUUGGAGAAGUUGAUGGAUCGGUGGCGUAAGCUUGUGGAGAGUGGGAUAUGGAGUGUUGGAAGGGAAGGGGUGCAGGGGAGUAUUGAUGUGUUUGCGGAUGCGGAGAGAGGUGCUUGGAGGGAUUAUUGGAUUGAGCCCGAGUGGUGA